UAUGUGCCUCCCUGCUUAGAUCAGCUCAGAACAAGCUUUAAAACUAUCACCCCUAUUCCUGAGAAUAGUAUGGUGCAGACUCUUUGUUCUCUGUUGGAUUGUUUGCUGACCCCUGAAAAUGUGCCUCCUGACUGCCCAAGAGAGCUCUAUGAGAUAUACUUCGUCUUUGCCUGUGUUUGGGCUUUUGGUGGUGCACUCUUUCAAGAUCAGCUUUCAAAUUAUCAAGCUGAAUUCAGCCGCUGGUGGCUCAAGGAGAUGAAAGCAGUGAAGUUUCCAUCCCAGGGUACAAUUUUUGAUUAUUAUCUUGACCCAAAGACUAGGAAAUUCUUGCCCUGGACUGAUAAAGUUCCAGAAUUUGAUAUGGAUCCAGAAACACCUUUACAGGCAGUCCUUGUUCACACAUCUGAGACCACACGUCUCAGAUACUUUACUGAUUUGCUGCAGGAGAGAGGCAAACCAGUCAUGCUUGUUGGAAAUGCAGGAGUAGGAAAAACAGUAUUUGUAAGGGAUAGUCUUGCUGCUUUCUCCGAUUAUUACACGGUGUCUAAUGUUCCCUUCAACUACUACACUACGUCAUCGGUGCUACAAAAGAUUCUUGAGAAAAGCCUAGAGAAAAAAGCUGGCCGUAACUAUGGUCCCGUAGGAAACAAGAAGUUGAUUUAUUUUAUUGAUGAUAUGAACAUGCCUGAAAUGGAUGUGUAUGGAACAGUUCAACCUCACACACUGAUUCGACAGCACAUAGACUACGGACAUUGGUAUGAUAGGCAGAAGUUAACUGUAAAAGAAAUACAUAAUUGCCAAUAUGUUGCUUGUAUGAAUCCAACUGCUGGCAAUUUCACUAUCAACCCUCGACUCCAGAGACAUUUCACAGUGUUUGCUCUGAACUUCCCAUCUGCUGAUGCCCUGAACACCAUUUAUAGCAAGAUCCUCGGUUUUCACUUCCAGAGGCAUGUUUUUAAUCCAUCAGUGUUAAAGAAUGCUCCAGCCAUGAUCCAAGCAGCAAUAUGGCUUCAUCAAACUAUGGUUCAGAACUUUCUGCCAACUGCGGUUAAAUUCCACUACAUCUUUAACCUAAGAGACCUCUCAAACAUCUUCCAGGGAAUUUUAUUUGCUACACCUGAGUGUUUAAGGCAACCAAAUGAUCUUGUAUGUCUUUGGCUUCAUGAGUCUUCACGUGUUUAUGGAGAUAAACUGGUGGAACCAAAAGACUGUCAUUUUUUUCAUAAAAAGCUGAUCGACACUGCACACAAGUAUUUUGAGGGUGUGGAAGAUCAUCUUCUGCUCCAGCACCCGCUCAUUUAUUGCCAUUUUGCAAAUGGAGUAGCCAACCCUCAUUACAUGCCUGUCAAGGAAUGGGAAGUACUGAGGAAGAUACUUACAGAGACUCUAGAAAGCUACAAUGAGCUUAAUGCUUCUAUGAACUUAGUUUUAUUUGAGGAUGCCAUGCAGCAUGUGUGCCGCAUUAGUCGUAUCUUGGAAGCCCCUCGGGGUUAUGCACUUCUUAUUGGAGUAGGCGGUAGUGGAAAACAAAGCUUAUCUAGGCUGGCCGCAUACAUCAGCUCCCUUGACAUGUUCCAGAUCCUGCUGAAGAAAGGCUAUGGGAUCCAGGACUUCAGGGUAGAUCUUGCCAAUUUGUACAUCAAGACUGGAGCCAAGAGUGUGCCCACUGUGUUUUUGCUGACAGAUGCCCAUGUUGCAGAUGAACGCUUUCUUGUGCUGAUUAAUGACUUGUUGGCAUCAGGAGAAGUUCCAGAUCUAUUCAGCAAUGAAGAUAUGGAUGGCAUUAUUACAGGAAUUAGGAAUGAAGUCCGAAGCCUGGGUCUGAUUGACACCAGAGAAAAUUGUUGGAGAUUCUUUUUGGACAGAAUGCGACUGCAACUAAAAAUCAUUUUGUGUUUCUCUCCAGUUGGUUCCACGCUGAGAGUUAGAGCUCGGAAGUUCCCAGCCAUAGUUAACUGCACAGCUAUUGACUGGUUUCAUGAGUGGCCGCAGGAGGCCCUGCACUCCGUCAGCAGGAGGUUCAUUGAGGAGACGGAGGUGAUUGAGCCACAUGUUCAAGAUUCCAUUUGCCUUUUUAUGGCCUAUGCUCACACCAGUGUCAAUGAGAUGAGUGCAAAAUAUUAUCAGAAUGAGAGGCGGUACAAUUAUACCACUCCAAAAAGUUUCCUGGAGCAAAUCUCACUUUAUAAGAUCCUGCUGGAGAAGAAAUACAAGGAGAUGUCCAAGCGCAUGGAACAUCUGGUGAAUGGCAUUCAGAAGUUAAAAACAACAGCUUCUCAGGUAGAAGACCUGAAAUCCAAACUAGCCUCUCAAGAGGCAGAACUACAACUGAGAAAUCAAGAUGCUGAAGCUUUGAUUACUAAGAUAGGGCUUCAGACUGAGAAAGUGAGCCAGGAAAGAGCCACUGCUGAUGCAGAGGAGCGAAAGGUAGUGGCAAUCCAAACAGAAGUAUCUCUGAAGCAGAGAGAAUGUGAAGAUGACCUGGUGAAAGCUGAACCUGCUCUAGUGGCUGCUACGGCAGCUUUAAAUACACUUAAUAAGGUUAAUCUCACUGAAUUGAAAGCCUUCCCCAACCCACCAAUUGCAGUAACAAAUGUUACUGCUGCAGUCAUGGUAUUACUGGCUUAUAAAGGCAAAGUGCCCAAAGACCGAAGUUGGAAAGCUGCUAAAGUCUUCAUGGGAAAGGUUGAUGACUUCCUACAAGCUUUAAUUAGUUAUGAUAAGGAGCAUAUUCCUGAGAACUGUCUGAAAGUGGUCAAAGAACAUUACUUGAAAGAUCCAGAAUUCAACCCAAAUUUGGUCCGCACAAAGUCCUUUGCAGCAGCUGGUCUCUGUGCCUGGGUUAUCAACAUAGUAAAAUUCUAUGAGGUGUAUUGUGAUGUGGAGCCAAAACGUCAUGCAUUAGCCCAGGCAAAUGCUGAACUAGCAGCAGCCACUGAAAAGCUAGGAGCAAUUAGGAAAAAGCUUAUUGCUGAAAAAAUUCGUUGGAGCCAGUCUAUUAAACAUUUUGAAACUCAAGAAAAGACACUGUGUGGUGAUGUCCUGUUAACAGCGGCUUUUGUGUCCUAUGUUGGAUCUUUUACAAAACAAUAUCGUCAGGAACUGGUGGAACAUAUGUGGAUUCCUUUCCUUAAAUCACAAAAGGUUCCUAUUCCAAUAACUGAAGGCCUGGACCUGAUUGCCAUGUUGAGUGAUGAUGCUACGAUUGCAGCAUGGAAUAACGAAGGACUGCCCGGUGAUAGAAUGUCAACAGAAAAUGCCACUAUUCUAACACACUGUGAGCGUUGGCCUCUGAUGAUAGAUCCCCAGCAACAGGGAAUUAAAUGGAUAAAGAAUAAAUAUGGAACUGACCUUAAAGUCAUAUGUCUCGGACAGAAAGGGCUUUUGAAGACCAUUGAAAGAGCGUUGGCCUGUGGAGACACCAUCCUAAUUGAAAACUUGACUGAAACGGUAGACCCAGUACUUGAUCCCUUACUUGGAAGAAACACAAUUAAAAAAGGGAAGUAUAUCAAGAUUGAAGACAAAGAAUGUGAGUUCAACAAGAAUUUCCGUCUGAUCCUUCACACGAAGCUGGCUAACCCUCACUAUCAGCCAGAAUUACAGGCUCAGACCACCCUUAUUAAUUUCACUGUCACAAGGGAUGGGUUAGAAGACCAGCUGUUGGCUGAGGUUGUUGGUGUUGAAAGACCUGACUUAGAAAAACUUAAGUCUCUCCUGACCAAGCAACAGAAUGAUUUCAAGAUUGAGCUGAAGCACCUGGAGGAUGAUCUUUUGCUUCAUCUGUCAGCUGCUGAGGGUAGUUUCUUGGGUGACACAGAACUGGUAGAGAAACUUGAAUCAACGAAGUCUACAGCGGCAGAAAUAGAGCACAAGGUAGCUGAAGCAAAAGAAAACGAAGUUAAAAUUAACGAGGCCCGAGAGCAUUACAGACCAGCGGCUUUGAGAGCGUCUCUUCUUUACUUUGUUGUUAAUGACCUGGGCAAAAUUAACCCCAUCUAUCAGUUCUCACUGAAGGCCUUCAACACAGUCUUUCAUAAAGCAAUUGAUCGGGCUGAAGCAUCAGAGGAUCUGCAGGGGCACAUCAUCAACCUGAUAGAAGCUAUUACAUACUCUGCCUUCCUUUACACCAGUCAGGGACUUUUUGAAAAGGAUAAACUCACCUUCCUAGCCCAGACAACUUUUCAGAUUCUGCUGAGAAGUAAAGAGAUAGAACUCCUUGAAUUGGAUUUCCUGCUUCGAUUCACAGUCGAACACACUCACAAGAGCCCUGUUGACUUUUUAACUCCUCAGUCAUGGAGUGCCAUUAGGGCCAUUGCUCUAAUGGAUGAGUUCCGAGGGUUAGACAGAGAUAUCGAAGGGUCUCCUAAAAGAUGGAAGAAAUGGGUGGACUCAGAAUGCCCAGAAAAGGAAAAGUUUCCACAGGAAUGGAAAAACAAAAGCUCUCUUCAGAAACUUAUCAUCUUGAGGGCACUGCGCCCAGAUAGAAUGACCUAUGCUUUUAGAAACUUUGUGGAGGAAAAACUAGGUUCCAAGUACGUGGAGAGCACCAGGAUGGACUUAGCAAAAUCAUAUGAAGAGAGCAGUCCAGCCACUCCAGUGUUUUUCAUCCUCUCCCCUGGAGUAAACCCUCUUAAAGAUUUGGAGACACUUGGCAAAAAACUUGGGUUUACUAUCGACUCUGGAAAAUUCCAUAAUAUCUCUUUAGGACAAGGUCAAGAGAUGGUGGCAGAAGAGGCACUAGAGGAGGCUGCCACACAUGGGCAUUGGGUCAUUCUCCAAAAUGUUCAUCUAGUAGCCAAGUGGUUGGGGACCUUAGAGAAACUCCUUGAACAAUACAGCAAAGGAAGCCACUCUGAUUUCCGAGUCUUUAUUAGUGCUGAACCAGCUCCAACCCCAGAAGAACACAUCAUCCCUCAAGGAAUUCUAGAAAACUCAAUUAAAAUUACCAGUGAACCCCCUACUGGGGUGCUAGCUAAUUUGCAUGCUGCCCUCUACAACUUUGACCAGGAUACACUUGAAUUGUGCUCCAGGGAGACGGAGUUUAAAAGCAUACUCUUUUCUCUGUGCUAUUUUCAUACUUGUGUGUCUGGGAGGCUCAAGUUUGGACCGCAAGGCUGGAAUCGAAGAUAUCCUUUCAAUACUGGAGAUCUCACCAUUUGUGUCAAUGUCCUCUACAACUAUUUAGAGGCACACACUAAAGUUCCGUGGGAAGAUUUGCGUUAUCUCUUUGGUGAGAUUAUGUAUGGUGGACACAUCACUGAUGACUGGGACCGCAAGCUGUGUCAUAUGUAUUUAGAGGAAUUCAUGAGCCCGGCUAUGCUUGAAGGAGAACUUGCAUUGGCACCAGGUUUCCUAGCACCCCCACAUUUGGAUUAUGCUGGAUACCAUAAGUACAUAGAUGAAAUGCUUCCAGCUGAAAGCCCAGUGUUAUAUGGACUCCAUCCCAAUGCUGAGAUCGAAUUCUUGACAGUGACAUCAGAGAAUCUUUUCAGAACUCUCUUGGAAAUGCAGCCCAGGAAUUUACUUGUAGGAGAGGAAUCAGGACAGUCUCCAGAGGAAAAGGUUAAGAAUGUCCUGGAUGAUAUUCUGGAGAAACUUCCUGAAGAGUUUAACGUGACAGAAAUCAUGCAGAAGGCCACUGUUCGGAACCCCUAUGUCCUUGUUUGUUUCCAAGAGUGUGAGAGAAUGAACCUCCUCAUUCAGGCAAUACGCAAAUCACUUAAACAACUGGACCUUGGUUUGAAGGGGGAGCUGACAUUUUCUCCUGACAUGGAAGCGCAGCAGUCAGCAUUGCUUUAUGAUAUUGUGCCAGAUGCAUGGACCAAGCUGGCUUAUCCAUCCACCUAUGGCCUUGCACAAUGGAUUAAUGAUCUCCUCAUGCGGUGUCGAGAACUUGAUACCUGGACACAAGAUCUUGUGCUCCCUGCAGUGGUGUGGCUUUCUGGAUUCUUUAACCCUCAGUCUUUUUUGACUGCUAUUAUGCAGUGCACGGCCCGCAAGAAUGACUGGCCUUUGGAUAAGAUGUGUCUGACUGUAGAUGUUACCAAAAAGGUCAGAGAAGAUUAUGGCCACCCACCUAGGGAAGGAGCAUAUAUUUGUGGUCUUUAUAUGGAAGGAGCACGAUGGGACAUCCAGUCAGGGCUCAUAGCUGAAGCCCAGCUCAAGGAUCUGACUCCAGCAAUGCCAGUCAUCUUUGUAAGAGCUAUUCCAAUUGAUCGACAGGAAACCAAAAACAUAUAUAAAUGUCCAGUAUAUAAAACUAAAACCAGAGGGCCCACAUGGGUUUGGACUUUCAAUCUGAAGAGCAAGGAGAGGUCAGCUAAGUGGGUACUUGCAGGAGUAGCCUUACUCUUGGCCAUUUAAUAGUGAGCCGACAGUCACGUGUUGUCACACAGCAUGUAGUCAAAAGGAGAUAAAUGUUUUUCUCACGUUCAGCUGUUAUGUACACUUUAUCUUGCCCCAAUGCACCCUAGUGUGAAGAGUUAUAUGAUGCUCUAAUGAAUGUUGUACAAAUCCUCCACCUGUGUCUGUCUCUAUAAACUAGAUUUAUACCUGUUAAUCAACAUUUUCCCUCAGAGAGGCAGGUUAAACUCUAUAUUCAUACUGAACCCCCCCCCCCCCCCCC